AUGGAGUCUCCGAUGAUUCGAAGCAUCCCAAUCCAUCAGGCACUUGUAGCAGCAUGGGAAGCGGCCUGCAGGGUUAAAGGGGCAACUGUGGAAAUCCCUUCAGGAUUCAAGUUCCUCAUCCAGCCUAUAACUCUUGAUGGCAGCGGUUGUAUGCCUGACCUUGUUCUUCAGAUAGAUGGAACUCUCUUGGCUCCUUCAAAAGCAAGUACCUGGCCAGAAUCCAGUUUGUUCCAAUGGAUAAACUUCAAAUACGCUCGUAACUUCACCAUCCAGGGCACUGGCAUUGUUGAUGGCCAGGGCUCUGACUGGUGGAAUUCAUCUGCGCACAAGAGGUCCGAGCACACUUCAGAUACGAAACCCACUGCUUUGAGAUUCUAUUGUAGCUCAGAUGUCACAGUUCGAAACAUCAAAAUCAUAAACAGCCCUCAGUGCCACUUAAAAUUUGACAGCUCUUCAUGGAUCAAAGUGAACAACAUUACCAUCACUUCACCAGAUUAUAGCCCAAAUACAGACGGCAUUCACUUGCAGAACACACAAAACGUGGAAAUUCACCAUUCUACUAUUGGCUGUGGAGAUGACUGUGUAUCCAUACAAACAGGAUGCUCUAACGUUCAUAUUCAUCAUAUUAAAUGUGGCCCUGGCCAUGGCAUAAGUCUAGGAGGACUCGGAAAAGCCGGAAGUGUAGCUUGUGUCUCAAACAUCAUCGUGAACAACAUUUUAUUUCAGAAUACUCAAUCAGGAGUUAGGAUCAAGACUUGGCCGGGAGGAAAGGGGUCCGUGAAGAAUGUAUCAUUCUCCAACAUCCAGGUUUCCAAUGUGGGGGUUCCUAUAGUGAUAGACCAAAACUAUUGUGACAACAUGAAGAAGCAUUUGUGCCAGAACCAAAUUAGAGGAGCUGUGGCAAUCUCAGGUGUUAAAUACGAUAAUAUAAUUGGGAAUUAUUCAAAGGAGCCAAUUCGUCUAGCUUGUAGCAAUGACACUCCAUGCACAGAUGUGGAUCUUAUUGAUAUCCAGCUUAAACCCACAACCGGGGACCCGAGAUCACUUCGAUCCGAUUUGUGUCGAAACUCUUAUGGGAAGUCAAAAGCUCCCUUGCUUCCUUCAGUCAUAGACUACUGCUUGAGAAGGGAUGGGGGUCAAGUCAAGCAUAUAGCAAGGUCAAAUGAGAAGAUGUGUUAG